AACCCAACUAUGAACACAAUUGUUAUGGGUAUUUGUGAGCUUAGACUUCGAAUGAAUACUUGGCUCGAUUGUUCAUAUCCAGAGGUGGUGAGUAUGGCCGAGAAUAUGAUCGAGAAAUUCAAAAAAUAUUGGAAGGACAUACAUAUUAUUUUCUCAUUGGCACUCAUUUUGGAUCCUAGAUUCAAGUUCAAAAUGAUUGAUUACUACUACGACAAACUACAUGGAGCCGAUGCUUGGAUAGAAAAAGAGAAGAUCCGAAAUGCGUUGUGUGAGUUUGAAAAUGCAUACAAAUCUAAGUCUUCAGAUGCUCUUU